AUGUUGAGUAGUAGAGUUUCAUUUGUUUUAUUUCUGUUCGGUUUGAUCUCUCAGAUCAAUGCUUUGAAUUUUGAGAUUCCAGCAUCUAAUAACCCAGAACCUUAUUGUGUUCGUGAUUUCGUCAGUGAAGGUCAAUUAGUUGUUAUUACAGCUGAAUCAGAUGGAUCAGUUGGUGAUGGUCAAAUUUUGAGCAUGGUUGUUCGUGAUUCUAAUGGGAAUGAGUACCGUAGAAAGAAGGAUUUUGCUGGUGAGGUACGUGUAGCCUUUAAUGCACCAUCUAGUGUUUCAUUCGAUGUUUGUUUUGAUAAUACAGCUCAGGUUCAAGGUAGAUCCAUGAAGAGAUAUGUUGAAUUGGAUAUUGAAAGUGGUGCUGAGGCUCGUGAUUGGAACAAGAUUAGUGCAAGUGAAAAAUUAAAGCCAAUUGAAUUGGAAUUACGUAAAAUCGAAGAACUUGCUGAUGAAGUUGUUGAUGAAUUGAACUAUUUGAAAUCAAGAGAAGAAAGAUUGAGAGAUACCAACGAAUCUACUAAUGCCAGAGUAAAGAACUUUUCAUUUUUAGUCAUUACCGUAUUGGUAUCAUUAGGUUUAUUCCAAAUUAAUUACUUGAAGAAUUAUUUCAAGGCUAAACAUAUCAUUUAG